ACUCUCAAGUACCUUUUGAAGUUCAACCUGUUUGAGUUAUACCAGUAUAGCACCAUGGCAACCAAUGAUAAAUGAUGUUAGUAUCUGUAGUUAAUAUGAAUAUCCGGGAGAUUUACCUGGUAAACAAGUGAUCUUAUCGCUUGGCGUGGUACUAAUGACCCCUUUGAUUUGUAAGUGGUUACUGCAUACAAAUCGGCAUGGAGACGCCACUUCAACAAGUUCAACAAGUAUUCAACAGAAUUAUUCGGGUGAUUUCAAACAGAUCUAGUGUGCGUGAACUUCCAACGGUUCAGCAUGGCCAUUGUUUGAUGUUGGCAGUUGUUAUGGAGAAAAAUGACAUGAUAUCAGUUCCAUUGCCAUCUUGUGUUUUCUUUUACAAUGAUUGGACGUAUCGAAACUGAACCUGCGUCUAGGCACGUUUAUCCGAAACGGCGGUGAGAACAUUUGUUGCUCGGUUUGAAUGACGACGAGGAAAAUCAACAGUCGAAAUUAUUUGUCUGAGAACUUUUUGCCUGUUUUUGUGAUAUAAGGAGGAGGAAAAUGGGAGCUGCAAUCGUGUUCACCAUUAAACAACGAGGACUGAUGGAGUUAUUAAUAAAACAGGUGAAUUACUUUAUUGUACGAUUUCAACACAACUGAUACAGGUUGUACAUCAGCUUCGAUAUAAUGCACAUGAUUUGAGAUUAUUGGACAAAGUUUAGUAUAUACUUGGCAUAAAAUUUCAUAAUUGCCCAGCGUUUCGAAACUUUGACGCACCAUGUCGACAACCAAACGACGAGCAGCUUCGACACAUGGCAAGCCACCGCCCUAUGCCCGUCCCACCCGGGCGUCAAUCACACGAACGACUGCAGAUCACGGUAAUAUACCGGAGGGUAAACUAAGAUGUACUCGUAAAGCAUGCAGCUGUUCUGAAGAUCACAGUCUUACAGCCAGGCCAACACCUCCUAAGACCAGAGCAGGGACAGGCUCAAACAUUCUUGGGAAGUAUGCACAUGAUCGAGCAGGGCGGAUGGGGAGAGGACGGGGCUACAGACCGGGACAGAUUGGCAUUCAAGCUGGUAAAGGUCCAUCACAACUCCUGCAAGAUAGGAUAAGACAACUUGCCCGUGACAUCAAAGAUAAACACGUUGGCAAAGCAACUGAAGAUAUUGAGGCAUCCUCUGAUUCCUCUCAAGCAGUAACAACCGAAGAGCAAAUACCGACGAACAUUUCUGGCCAGACGGACGCGUCCCAAAUCCACAAAUUUGGGCCGCCAGAUUCUUCAAAUGCCAACGCGGCUGAAAUCUUCAGAUCAAGACAGAUUAACAGACACAGAACUACCUCUGAGAAUUCUCAGACUGUCUGGGAAAGUGAAGAAUCGGAGGACAUAACUGGAGAUAAAUUGUCUGAGAAUAAAACCGAGUCAAGACCAAGUCAUGAAGAAGACAGUGUACAACCAUCAGACAGUCAGACUAAAGAACCAACUCCCCCCGCCUCGCCCCCUCCACAACGCAGGACUCGUAGAUCAGCUGUCUUCGAACCACCAAAGAUUGAACUAAAUAAAACCGAAUCUCACACAUUGUUUGACGAAAGUAGAACCAGGAGAUCUGAACAUGCCGUACCUUUAAUAGUGCAACCGACACAAGAACCAGAAUUGAACGAAAGAUCUCAUUCACCCGUGCAAAACACGGAGAGAACUGAGUCAGAUUUGUCAUCAAAUUCAAACACAAUCACGGAAGAAACUGUGCCGUUAAUUGUCGAAUAUCCGCCUGAUCUCCCCGCUCGGUAUCGCUCUCAAGGCCCCUCAAUCAGUGAAUCCCUCGCUCCUUCAGACAUGGAGGACACAGAUUUUCCAGGGCUUCAAAGAAUUCGCAAGAUAUCUCAGAGUCACUCAGAUAAUCUGGAUGUACCAAGAACUCGUUUCAAAUCCAGGACGCCUUCGUUAGUACCUACAGGUGCGCCUUUACUGGGAUGGGCGCCUGCUGUAGGCGCAGGGCGUGGUCGAAGUAAUAGUGUCAUUAAUAUCUCGAGCUCCUACAUGGCUCGCAGGAGCUCAGUAUUUGGCCUGAGCAUGAAUGCUGGAUAUAGGAAGGAUUCUGUGGGGACUAGGAGCCUGUCUAAUUCACCAACCCAGUCUCGACGAGGCAGUGUUGCAGACAUCUUCAGGCGAAGUAGGCAGUCGAGAAAUCGAAGACUGUCGGCAUAUUUACAGAGCUAUACUGGCAAAGAGCGGGCUAUUGAAAGAUUGAAGAGGAUUUCUAAAACAGUCAGGAUUGUCGCUGGAAUAUGUCUUGCUCUGAAAAGUUACGUUAAGACAGCGGAGACAAAGCAAUGGUCUCUUAUUGAGAUGCAUCUCAACCUGCGUGCUGACAUGGAGAAGACACUAGCAUUCGAUCCCAUUAUGUUCUCCAAACUACGAGUGACGCGUGGGUCAGAGAAGCUUCGUGGCAUUCUGUCAGCCAAGUCAAGCGAGAGAACCAAGGAGGAUAUUGAUGUUGUUCUAGCACUUUUACGCAAGAAUAAGACCUUUGCUGAUUACGACAGGGACACACAGAUUGCGUUGGCUAAAGUCAUGGAGUACCUCAGGUAUGAGCCACGGCGAAUCAUCUUGAAGGAAGGCCAUCAGGCGUCAGGGUUCUACAUCAUCUUAUCAGGCACCUGUCUAGUCAACCAGAAAGAGAUUGAUCCAAGGAAUAAUGAAACAUUCGUCAGGACGAUUGAUGAGAUACAUGCUGGAGACUCAUUCGGGGAUAAUGAAUUACUGAAUGAUUGUGUGCGAGUGGUCAGCGUAGUUUGCAAAGACGAAUGUGAGGUGCUACUGGUUGAUAAAGAGGAUUUCAAUCUGAUAAUCCGUGAGCCACUAGAGAGAGAGAGGGUGAAACUUCUCCAUUUCUGCAGCAAGCAGAAUGUCUUCGAGAAGCUCCCAACCAACCUGGACUUUCGUGGUAAUAACUAUGCCAUCUCAGCCAAAAAAUACAAACCUGGAGUCGUGAUAACCAGCGAUAUCAGCGAAAGUGACUACAUCUAUGUUGUUCAAUCUGGAAAGUGUAGAGUAAUAUCAGAGGUGAAGGAGAUAAAGAGAAGGGCGCCCUCUGCCAAAAAUGUCACGCGUAAACCAAUCAACGAUGAGGGGUGGAAAAAGGACGCAACACUCAAACGAACGCUGACUGUAUUUGAGACAAUGGGCAACAGAAGGAAGUGUGUGUCUGAACCUAAACCGGCACAUAUCGAGCGACAAAAGACAUUCUUCUCUCUGAGUGGAAUCAAGGAAUCUUCAGUGAAGAUGCACGGCAGUCCUCCAUAUUUCCAUCGCACGGCUGUCAAACGCCUCACAUUACCAGCAAUUAAAGACAGACGUCAUCGGAAUAAAGUUAUAAAGACCGUGGAUUUUGUAGACAGUGAUGAAACAGAAGACCCCCCUGCACUGCCGAAGACUUUGUUUGAUGAGAAAGACCAACUGCAAACUAAGCCAAACUUAGAAGAGCCACCUGACAAAUCUGGAAUGACCACAACAUGGCGUCGAGUCAGCAUGGCUGCCAGUGCUAUCAGUCAAAAGGAGAAACGAAGCAAUCCUCUUCUGUAUUUGAAGCCCAGCCGUCUAAAAUCAACUUAUGCUGAAGUAGCAGUGCUCACUGAAGGAGAUGUAUUUGGUGUUGAGACGUUAGUAACCAGUAGCCAAUCAGACACCCGUCUGAGUUUGGUGAGUGAGGGCGUUGACUGCAUUGUUAUCUCUAAGAAGUUCUUUGCAACCCAAGCCACAGUCAGCACCAUUCAACAAUCCACGAAAAAGGCAAUCGAUUACCCGUCUGCUGAAUACACCCUGAACAAAAUCCGUCAAGCGAGGGCGUGGUCGUCUUACAAAGAGUCUCUGGUUAGAGAAGUUUGCAACCAUAAACUGUCUAAAGCAGGAGAGUUGAGUAGGUGAUGGUAUGGAUGUUGUCUCUCAAAUCUGUUUGAGUUUAAAUAAGCACUAAAGAUACUUUGAGUCAUAGAACGCCCUCUGUUGAUUUCAGGUAAUAUACGACAGGCAGAAUACCUUCUCUGUUCGUAUCGUGUUGGCACAACAGAGAAGUCAUUUAGUUUCAACCUUUUAUAUUUCUGAUUCUUGAUUGGUUGGUUGAUUUUGUCAAAGUAGACUCUUAAUUUGAUUACUGCUUGUCUCGUCAUUUCGAAAAGUGUUUGAUAAAAGUUGGUCAUACAUUCUUUCAUAUUAUUCUCAGUUUGCAAUUGUAUUAAAAAGUAUGACAAGUCCAAGCAUUUUUUAUCAGAUCGUUCAUCUAAUGUGCAAUUUUACUUUUGAGGUGUUUGUUUUUAAUAAUUACAUGUAUUAUAAUUGUGUUCAUAUUGGGAUUUUUUUUAUCAAACUGUGCAAUUUAAUUCCUGUAAACUUGUUAACAAAUUAACUUACUGCAAGCAAAGUUUAUUCUUAACCCCAAAAAAUACAUGUAUAUGCGAAGAUUUUAAUUAAUUGUUGUCUACAAAUUUGCGUUAAAUGGGGGAGGAUUACAAACGUUGUAACAUUUUGGUCCGAAUUGUAUAUCUGAAUUUUAUCUGUUUAAUUAUAGGAUUGAUUUAGUGUCAAAAUAAAACCAUUGGCGGAGCAGUUGUUUCCUUGAA